AUGGGAACUGAUGAAGCCUUUGGUACUUUCGAUUGGGGUCAGAAGAUUCUGCCGCAAGAGUACCGAGAAUCUCAAAAGAAGUAUUUUGGAAAGAAGGGAAUGUCAGUAUUUAUUGGCUCAUUUGUCUGGAAAGAUGUUUCGUCAUCUACUGUAAAUAUGUCAGUAACUACUUCAUCUGCUUAUACUUUUUCUACACAAUCAUAUAUUGUUGCAAUAACAAACGCUACUCAAACAGAAAUCGACACAUUAAGCGCUGGUGAGCUUAUUUUACAACAAUUCAAAGCUGACUAUUCCCAAAUAAAGAAACUACACAAGCGAACAGAUAAUGCAAGCAAUUUUUCGUCGCAUGGAACUCCUGAAGCUGAAAAACUUGGUGUCGACUUACUAACUAGGGAUUACAGUGAAGUACAAAAAGGUAAAGAUAUAUGUGAUCGUGUCUGUGGAGUGGCCAAGAAUCGAAUGCGUUCCUGGGUAGCUACAGGAAAUGAUUUGAUGAAUGCACACGACAUAAAAGAGGGAAUGGAAUAUGCUGGUGGAAUUAAGAACACCAAGAUAGCGGUAGCAGAAAUUAUACCUGGCGCUGGUCAUCUGGAUAAAACCAAUGUUCCUAAUAUUGCGUCAGUACGUUCUGUUUGCUAUGAGUCUGAAAUCAUGAAGAUCUAUAAGGCAUCCAAUAUUGGAGCUGGAUUGAAAAUUAAAUAUAAAGCAAUACAAUUUGAAAAUAAUAUGCGAGUAACAAGCCCUUUUACAGCGCCAAUAAAUGAUCAAUCGUCUUCUACAAUUCCAAAAGGGUAUAUGAAAUUUCUCAUUUAAUAUUUUAAUAUAUCAUUUAUCAUAAGUAGAAGAGCAGACAGAAAACAUCAUCAGCUACUUUUUUGUCCCGUCAGUAAUUGCACAGUGACUUUCGAAACAAACGAGGAACUUGAUGCACAUAUCGCUGCCGAUCUGCAUGUCGUUCCAGAAGACGUACCAAGGACAACAAAUGAUAUUGCUAGAAUUCAUUUAACAGAACUCUUACGAUCGACUUCACUGCAAUCGAAAGUAGAAACACGAGCUAUUCUUCGAGAUCAAAAUGCCGAUGGCUACGAUAUUUCAUCAUCUUUUCACUACCAAUUCGUCUCAAACCGAGGAUGGGCACUGCGCACUCGAAAACUUGGUAAACCAAUGAGUGACAAUGUGAAGAACUUUAUCGAACAACUUUGGCGUGAUUCAAUAAAGAACGAUUCCAGAAUAACUCCUGAAACCAUUCAACAACAUAUACGUACAAAGAGAGACUCUAAUGGAUUGAAGGUCUUUCAAACGACCGAGUAUCCAACGAAAAACCAAAUCAAGUAUCAAUUUCGCAAGUUGAAUCGCAAAUACGAUCUACCUAUGCAACAGCAGCUUAUCGCCGAAAUCAUUGAUGAAAACACCCAAUCGCAAUAAACUAUGUGUCUAAAACUCAGCGAUAUUACAUUUCAUAAACCUGUUUUCAACCAUUCGAGUCUAUUCUGAAGAACCAAUAAAUAUACUUCAUCCCUUUCUAAAAGGCAUACAAUGAUCUAGUCUAAUGUGGCAAAAGAAUAAACAAAACUGAAAGCUAGUUUAAGCACUACAUGAUAAAUAUAUAAAAUGAGAGCAUUACUGUACUAGCGAAGCCGAUCAAGAUACAUCCACUAAUAUCAGUUGAGCAAUGACAACAUGAAUGCAUCUAAAAUUAUAUGGUAGAAGCGCAAUAGCAUACUUGAAAGUAAACGAAUUUUAACGAAACAGCUCACGGUUAUGCACCGAAUACUAGAUCUACAAUAUUAUCGCAAUAACAAAAAGCUAAUCAUAAGAAAGAGAGCAGUGAAUUGUGGUUGUUCACUAAUAUAUAUAGGAAAAUCCAGCGAUUCUACCUGAUUUUGCUUAGGUUCAUAGGAAAUAAGUUACAAUCAGAAUAAGAAAAUAUCACCAUCAUGUUCAGCAUGAAAAGUUACAUAGGGUCUAUAGAGAUGAAAAAGACUGAAUCCUAAAAUUUAGGGUUAAUUCAUGCGUCACACAAAAUUUCACAUAUUGCUAGAAAGAUGGUUCCUUUACUCAGUCAAUUCUGGAGAUCCCACGUUCGUUUCUUAAUGAAGUUGUAGCCCGUCGAGAGUACUUUCAAACCAUAAGGUCCAGCCCGCAGGACAACCCAUAUUAUACGAGAUCAUCGACUCUAAAGUUCGACAUUUUUGUCAAAACUCCAUUUUUGGAAGACCUGUUCCGGUCGAAUGGCUCCAUGAAAUUAGCUGAAUUUUUUACCGCAGAUAGAUCUUUUAGUGUUCUAUCUAUGGUAAAAAUUUCAGACCUCUAUCUCAUCCCUAUCAAAGUUUUUAAAUGGCUAAACUUUGUCAAAAAAGUUCCUAUUGGCGUAUUUUUGAUGGCUCAUAAUUACUGAGCGGUCCCAUAUUUCGGGACAAAAAUUUUAUCACAGGUAGAACUCUCUGAGUUAUAUCUGCA